CCAUCCCGCUUACCUCAUUUUGGCGGCUUAUUUUCCGCAUCGUGAGCCGGCUUUGGGAUUUUUUAAAGUUUAAGAAAAUCUUAUCCUGCUGAUCAGUUCUAUUUGCAUUGAUUGUGUCGUUCAAGACCGCGUCUCCUAUCAUCAUGGGUGACAAGGAAGCUGAAACUUUCGACGAUGCUGUCGAAGAGCGUGUUAUCAAUGAAGAAUACAAAAUCUGGAAGAAAAACACGCCGUUUCUCUAUGAUCUCGUCAUGACCCAUGCUCUUGAAUGGCCAUCUUUAACUGCCCAAUGGCUACCAGAUGUUACCAGGCCAGAAGGCAAGGAUUACUCUAUUCACCGCUUAAUAUUGGGCACUCACACUUCCGAUGAACAAAAUCAUUUAUUGAUUGCCAGUGUUCAGCUUCCAAGCGAAGAUGCCCAAUUCGAUGCCUCCCAUUAUGACAAUGAGAAAGGAGAGUUUGGUGGAUUUGGUUCAGUCAGUGGAAAAAUUGAAAUUGAAAUAAAAAUAAAUCAUGAAGGAGAAGUCAACCGUGCAAGAUAUAUGCCCCAGAACCCUUGUGUCAUUGCCACAAAAACUCCAUCCAGCGAUGUUCUUGUUUUUGAUUACACAAAGCAUCCCUCCAAACCUGACCCAAAUGGUGAAUGUCAACCUGAUCUGAGAUUGAGAGGUCACCAAAAAGAAGGUUACGGUCUGUCGUGGAAUCCAAAUCUUAAUGGAUACUUACUCAGUGCUUCAGAUGAUCACACAAUUUGUUUGUGGGAUAUAAAUGCAACUCCCAAAGAUAACCGAAUAAUCGAUGCAAAAACCAUUUUUACCGGUCAUACAGCUGUUGUUGAGGAUGUGGCGUGGCAUUUAUUGCACGAGUCAUUGUUUGGAUCUGUUGCUGAUGAUCAGAAAUUGAUGAUAUGGGACACCAGAUCGAACAACACAAGUAAACCUUCUCACACAGUAGAUGCUCAUACAGCUGAAGUCAAUUGUCUAUCUUUCAACCCGUACUCUGAAUUCAUCCUCGCUACUGGUAGCGCAGAUAAGACUGUUGCACUGUGGGACCUGCGAAAUCUAAAACUAAAACUUCACUCCUUCGAAUCCCACAAAGACGAAAUCUUCCAGGUCCAAUGGUCACCGCAUAAUGAAACAAUCCUUGCAUCCAGUGGCACAGACCGAAGGCUCCAUGUUUGGGACUUAAGUAAAAUUGGUGAAGAACAGUCGGCCGAGGAUGCUGAAGAUGGACCACCUGAACUGUUGUUUAUUCACGGAGGGCACACAGCCAAAAUUUCAGACUUCUCUUGGAAUCCUAAUGAGCCUUGGGUCAUCUGUUCCGUAUCAGAGGAUAAUAUUAUGCAGGUUUGGCAAAUGGCUGAAAAUAUCUACAAUGAUGAAGACCCUGAAACACCUGCCUCAGAGCUUGAAGCUGGCACUUCUUAAACAAUUAAAUUUUCUUUUACUGUUCUUAAUGACCUCGUUAUUUUCAUGUAUCCUUAGGAGAUUUAUCCAUUCCUUAUUUUUCAACCUUUUUUUUUACAAAUACAUAUUGCUCCACUUUAAAGCAACCCCUAAAAAAAUGUGUCCCCUGUCAUCCUGAAUUUUUAAAUCAUUCAACUAGUGUUAAACUGUGUUAAGUCCUAAUUUCGAAUGUGUUUUAUAUCUUUCCUACAAAAUAUACUUCAUUAGUUAUUUUGUCA